CCAAGUUCCACCAAUCACCUCGCAAACGCUCUUUCAGUCAAUACUAACAAAUCUAGAUUAGGAAAAAUUACUGAUUCUUGAGGUCCCCCCUUUAUUCAACAGAAUCAGCAGCAGAUAUUUUUAAUUUUCUUGAUGUGGGAUCUCUCCAAAGGCCCCCAAUCAUGGCGGGGCCGUUUCAAUACGUUACCCUCUGUUUGCCGACAUCCAAAGCGUCCCCUUCGCUUUCACGCGCUUGGGGAAAAAACUGACGUUAUGUGUGAGAUCCAAAAUGGGUGACUAUUAACUGCAGAGAUUGAUCUUCAUAUGGGUGGUUCUUGAUUUGGAAACUUGGGUACAGUUAUCUUUUUUUCAUUCUGUGGGAGGAAAAGGGAAAAAGGUGAGAUUUUUAGAUCAUUUGGGGGAAGAUUAGAUAUGGGUUUUAUAAGCACAGUGUUAGGGAUUUUUGGGUUUGGGACAGGGAUCGCCAUUGGGCUUGUGAUUGGGUACUUUUUGUUUAUCUAUUACCAGCCAACUGAUGUGAAGGAUCCUGAAAUUCGUCCGUUAGCUGAGAAAGAUUCUAAAAGUUUGCAGCAACUGCUCCCAGAAAUACCUGUUUGGGUCAAAAACCCAGAUUAUGAUCGGAUUGAUUGGCUGAACAAAUUCAUUGAGUAUAUGUGGCCUUAUUUAGAUAAGGCAAUUUGUAAGAUGGCAAAGAAAAUAGCAGAACCCAUCAUAGCCGAGCAAAUUCCAAAAUAUAAAAUUGAGGCGGUUGACUUUGAGAAACUGACUCUGGGCAGCCUACCACCUACAUUUGAAGGAAUGAAAGUAUACAACACGGAGGAGAAGGAGUUGAUAAUGGAACUUGGCUUAAAAUGGGCCGCGAAUCCAAACAUCCUUGUUGCUGCCAAGGCAUUUGGACUGAAAGUUACUGUCCAGGUUAUUGACCUUCAAGUAUUUGCCAAUCCACGUAUCACAUUGAAGCCACUCGUUCCAAGCUUCCCCUGUUUUGCUAAUAUUCAUGUUUCCCUAAUGGAGAAGCCUCAUGUUGAUUUUGGAGUAAAGCUGCUUGGUGUUGAUGCCAUGUCUAUUCCGGGGUUAUAUAGAAUUGUGCAGGAAAUAAUCAAAGAUCAGGUUGCAAACAUGUACUUAUGGCCGAAAAGACUUGAAGUUCAGAUAAUGGAUCCAGCAAAAGCAAUGAAGAAACCAGUUGGGAUUCUUAACGUUAACGUUAUCCGAGCUAUAAAACUCAAGAAGAAGGAUCUUUUAGGGGCAUCAGACCCUUAUGUGAAGCUCAAACUCUCUGAUGACAAGCUCCCGUCCAAAAAAACCACAGUAAAGCACAAAAACUUGAAUCCCGAAUGGAAUGAGGAAUUUACUUUUGUUGUGAAGGACCCUGAAGCUCAAGUUUUGGAUCUCACCGUGUAUGACUGGGAACAGGUUGGUUCGCAUGACAAGAUGGGGCUGAAUGUAGUCCCAUUAAAAGAUUUAACACCCGACGAACCAAAAAUCGUGACUCUUGAUCUCCUAAAAAAUCUAAACCCAGAUGACGUUCAGAAUGAAAAGUCGAGAGGCCAACUUGUGGUUGAGGUCAACUACAAACCAUUCAAAGAUAAUGAGGUCCCGACUAACGUUGAUGACUCGAACGAGGUACAGAAGGCUCCGGAAGGUACACCUGAAGGCGGUGGUUUGCUCGUCAUUAUAAUCCACGAAGCUCAAGACUUGGAAGGAAAAAACCACACAAAUCCAUCCGUACGCGUUUUGUUCCGUGGGGAAGAAAAGAAAACCAAGGUUGUGAAGAAAAACAGGGAUCCAAGAUGGGAAGAAGAGUUUCAAUUCAUGCUUGAUGAGCCGCCAACGAAUGAGAGGGUUCAUAUUGAAGUAGUUAGUACUUCAAAGAGAAUGGGCCUAAUACACCCCAAGGAAAUUUUGGGUUAUGUGGAUAUAUACCUAUCGGACGUUGUGAACAACAAGAGGAUCAACGAGAGGUAUCAUCUUAUCGACUCUAAAAACGGGCGAAUUCAGAUUGAGAUGCAAUGGAGAGCUGCAUCUUGAGCUUUCAACUUUGAAGGCUUUGUGAAAUUCUUGUGAAUAAUCAAUCUCUCAUAUGUUUUGCAGCCAUGAAUGCUUAGGAUAUUAUUUGUUUAUGUUCACAGUUGGUGGCUUUGCACUCUGUUGAUUAGUGAUAAUUAAUAAUUAAUCCCUCCUAAAUUUCGUUCUUUCCCGAUAAUUUCGAUAAUUCAUGAAGAUUAAUUUCCUAUGUUAUUACUUUGACUCAUUUAACAAAAAAUGAGUGAAAUUAGAUUUCUUUCUUUUUUUU